AUGUCAGAGGUUAUUGCAAAUGAAGUAUUUGUUCCAUUCUUCUUCAACAUGUUAUUUGAUGUUCAAGACGGAAAGGCUGAAAAUGUGAGAAGUGCUUGUUUAGAGGCCCUUGCAUCUAUUUCUGGUAACAUGGAAUGGAAAUCAUACUACGCUUUUCUAAUGAGGUGCCUUCGAGAGAUGACCUUUAAAUCAGACAACCAGAAGGUCUUACUGCGCUUAGUCUGCAUGGUUCUUGACCACUUCCAUUUUAUGGAAAAUUCUGCUAAAGAAGCGUAUGGUUCUGUUAACCAAUCAGAAGCUGGAAGUGUUGAAAUAGGUACUUUAACAGUGUUGAACACUUCUACGGGUUCUGAUAAUAUUUUGGAGAUACAGAGUCGUCUACAUAAAACAGUGCUACCUAAGAUACAAAAGUUGUUGGCAUCCAAUUCUGAUAAUGUCAAUAUUAACGUCAGUCUUGUUGCACUUAAACUACUAAAGUUGCUUCCUAAGGAUGUGAUGGAAUUGCAGCUUCCUAGUAUUAUCCAUCGCAUAUCAAGCUUUCUUAAAAAUCGUGUGGAAAGAAUUCGUGAUGAAGCCAGGGCUGCUUUGGCUGCCUGUCUGAAGGAGCUAGGAUUGGAAUACUUGCAGUUCAUUGUCAAAGCCUUGAAAGCCAUUUUGAAACGAGGAUUUGAGUUGCAUAAUGAUAUUCUUGGAGAUGUUUCAGAGGAAAAGGAAGUGGAAAAGAUUGCUUCGAAAAUGAAAGAGACUAGAAGACUGAAGUCAUUUGAAACCCUCAAGUUAAUUGCUCAAAACAUCACAUUCAAAACGUUUUCCUUGAAGUUACUUUCACCAGUUACAAGUCACUUGCAGAAGCAUCUAAGCCCAAAAUUGAAAUCAAAAUUGGAAAUUAUGUUGAACCACAUAGCUUCUGGUAUCGAGGGCAAUCCAUCUGUAAAUCAGACUGACCUCUUUGUCUUUUUGUAUGGCCUUGUCGAUGAUGGUGUCACAUAUGAAUCUUGUUCAGAUAGAAGUUCCACUUUUGUGAAUGCAAACAUGCAAUCUGGAGAUGAAGUUAAUGGCAAAAUUAUUACAUCAGACAGGAUAAUUGGGUCCAUGUCACAGUCUUCUUAUCUUCUUACAGUAUUUGGCCUUGGGUUGUUGCACAAUUCAAUGAAGAAUACCAAACUUCACAAAAAGGAUGAACACCUGUUGUCAAUGUUAGAUCCUUUUGUCACAUUGCUCACGAAGUGCUUGACUUCCAAGUAUGAGGAUAUCAUAUCUGCAGCAAUCAGGUGUCUUAGUCAGCUGGUUAGGAUGCCUUUGCCAUCUCUUGAAUCACAAGCUGACAAUAUUAAGACAUCUCUGUUGGUUAUUGCUCAAGGAGCUGUAAAUACCACCAGCCCUUUGAUGCAAUCAUGUCUGAAGUUGUUAACAGUGCUUCUCCGGAACACUAGGGUUACACUUUCCACAGAGCAAUUGCACAUGGUGAUCCAGUUUCCUAUGUUUAUUGAUCUUGAAAGAAAUCCCUCAUUUCUAGCUCUGUCAGUUUUGAAGGCAAUAGUCAACCGUAAGCUUGUAGUACAUGAGAUAUAUGAUCUCAUCAAUCAGGUUGCCGAAGUGAUGGUAACAAGUCAAGUGGAACCCAUUCGGAAGAAAUGUAGUCAAAUUCUAUUGCAAUUCUUACUUGAUUACCAUCUUUCGGAGAAACGUUUGCGGCAACAUUUUGAUUUCUUGCUUUCAAAUCUGAGGCAAGUGAUGUUUUCUUUAUUGAUGUUGAUAUUCACAUCUAAGCAUUUUUAA